CGCUGCCUCCUCCCUCGCUCGCUCCCUCCCUCCCCCCGGGCCGGCUCGGCGCUGACUCCGCCGCACGCUGCAGCCGCGGCUGGAAGAUGGCGGGGAACGACUGCGGCGCGCUGCUGGACGAAGAGCUCUCUUCCUUCUUCCUCAACUAUCUCGCCGACACGCAGGGUGGGGGUUCUGGGGAGGAGCAACUCUGCGCUGACUUUCCUGAGCUCGACCUCUCCCAGCUGGACGCCAGCGACUUUGACUCUGCCACUUGCUUUGGAGAGCUGCAGUGGUGCCCGGAGACCUCUGAGACUGAGCCCAGCCAGUACAGCCCCGACGACUCCGAGCUCUUCCAGAUCGACAGUGAGAAUGAGGCCCUCCUGGCCGCGCUCACCAAGACCCUGGACGACAUCCCUGAAGAUGACGUGGGGCUGGCUGCCUUCCCGGUCCUGGAUGGAGGAGAUGCACCAUGCUGCCCCGCAGCUUCGCCYGCCCCCUUGUCUGCGCCCCCCAGCCCCRCUAGGGAGAGGCCCCCAGCCCCAGCCUCGGACGUGGAUGAGCUCUCGCUGUUGCAGAAGCUUCUCCUGGCUACAUCUUCCCCGACAUCAAGCUCUGACAUCCAGAAGGAGGGGACCACCUGGCGCCAGGCCAGCCUCAGGUCUAGAAGUCAGCGGUCUUGUGUCAAGAUGGACAGCACCCACGAUAAGAAGGCCCCCAUGCAGCGGUCUCCCAACAGGAGUUGUGCAGAACUGCAUAAGCACCUCACCUCGGUGCCGUCCUGCUCCCAGGCAAAAGCCUCCUCCCCCGACAGGGGACUGCAGCCAGCACUGCCCCCGAGUCCCCAGCUCCUUGCCAAGAAGGAGGAGGAGCCAGGGGAGGACUGCCUGAGUCUCCAGCCAGCUCCAGCCUCUCCCCGGGACUCCCUGGCACCGGGCAGGGCAAGCCCCAGUGCCCAGGUUCCCCAGGAGGACGUGCAGGCCAUGGUGCAGCUCAUUCGAUACAUGCACACCUACUGCCUCCCCCAGAGGAAGCUGCCCCCACAGGCCCCAGAGCCACCCCCCCAGCCAUGCAGCAGCCCCUCCAGGGCCAGGCCCCGGCACCCCYCCAAAGCCUCCUGGGCUGAGUUCUCCAUCCUGCGGGAACUCUUGGCUCAAGAUGUCCUCUGCGAUGUCAGCAAACCCUACCGCCUGGCCACGCCUGUCUAUGCCUCCCUCACUCCCCGGCCGAGGCCCAGGCCCCCCAAGGACAACCAGGCCUCCCCCGCUCACCCUUCCCCGGUGGAGGAGGUGAGGGUGGCGGCUUCCCCAAAGAACACUGGGCCCAGGCCAAGCCUGCGCCCUCUGCGCCUGGAGGUGAAGGGGGACGUUAGCCGCUCUACCCGGCUGCAGCAGGAGGAGGAGGAGGAGGAGGAAGAAGAGGAGGAGGAAGAAGAAGAAAAAGAAGAGGAGGAAGAGGAAGAAGAGGAGGAGGAGGAGUGGGGCAGGAAGAGGCCGGGCCGAGGCCUGCCAUGGGCCAGGCUGGGGAAGAAGCUGGAGAGCUCUGUGUGCCCAGUGCGCCGCUCCCGGAGACUGAACCCCGAGCUGGGCCCCUGGCUGACAUUCACUGAUGAGUUGCUGGUCUCCUCAGAGCCCCAAGGUGCUCUGCCUUCGCUAUGCCUGGCUCCCAAGGCCUAUGACAUGGCAGGAGAGCUGGGCAGCCCCACAGACGAGGACAGUGGCCAAGACCAGCAGCUCCUACGAGGACCCCAGAUCUCUGCCCUGGAGAGCCCCUGUGAAAGUGGGUGUGGGGACACGGAUGAGGACCCCAGCUGCCCACGCCUCCCUUCCAGAGGUGACUCUCCCAGGUGCCUCAUGCUGGCCUUGUCACAAAGUGACCCUCCUUUUGGCAAGAAGAGCUUUGAGCAGACCUUGACAGUGGAGCUUUGUGGCACGGCAGGACUCACCCCACCCACCACACCCCCAUACAAGCCCACCGAGGAGGACCCCUUCAAGCCUGACAUCAAGCACAGCCUGGGCCAAGACACAGCCCCCAGCACCCCCACCCCUGAGGCUCUCCAGCUCACGGCCACCACAGGGCCUGCCCACAAGCUGCCCAAGAAGCACCCAGAGCGCAGCGAGCUUCUGUCCCACCUGCGGCAUGCCACGGCCCAGCCGGCCUCCCAGGCUGGCCAGAAGCGCCCCUUCUCCUGUUCCUUUGGAGACCAUGAUUACUGCCAGGUGCUCAGGCCAGAGGGCACUAUGCAGAGGAAGGUGCUGAGGUCCUGGGAGCCAUCUGGGGUCCAUCUUGAGGACUGGCCCCAGCAAGGUGCCUCCUCAAAGGCUGAAAUGCAGGCCUCUAGGAAGGAGGAAGCCCGAAGCUGUGAGGCCAGCGCCCCACCCAAGGACAGCGCUCAGCUGAGAGACCACGAGAUCCGCGCCAGCCUCACCAAGCACUUUGGGCUGCUGGAGACGGCUCUGGAGGACGAAGACUUGGCUUCGUGCAAGAGUCCUGAAUAUGACACGGUCUUUGAGGACAGCAGCAGCAGCAGUGGUGAGAGCAGCUUCCUCCUGGAGGAGGAAGAUGAGGAGAGGGAAGAGGAGGACGAUGAAGAAGAGGACUCAGGGGUCAGCCCCCCUCGCUCUGACCACUGCCCCUACCAGAGCCCACCCAGCAAGGCCAGUYGGCAGCUCUGUUCCAGAAGCCGCUCUAGCUCUGGCUCCUCAUCCUGCCGCUCCUGGUCACCAGCCACCCGGAGGAACUUCAGAUGUGAGAGCAGAGGGCCAUGUUCAGACGGAACCCCAAGCAUCCGGCAUGCCAGGAAGCGGCGGGAAAAGGCCAUUGGUGAAGGCCGUGUGGUAUACGUUCGAAAUCUCUCCAGUGACAUGAGCUCCCGAGAGCUGAAGAAGCGCUUCGAGGUGUUUGGCGAGAUUGUAGAGUGUCAGGUGCUGACAAGAAGUAAGAGAGGCGAGAAGUACGGCUUCAUCACCUACCGGUGUUCUGAGCAUGCAGCCCUCUCCCUGAGGAAUGGCGCUGCCCUGAGCAAGCGCAAUGAGCCCUCCUUCCAGCUGAGCUCCGGGGGGCUCCGGCACUUCUGCUGGCCCAGAUACACUGACUAUGAUUGCAAUCCAGAAGAGGCCCUUCCCGCCUCCGGGAAAAGCAAGUACGAAGCCAUGGAUUUCGACAGCUUACUGAAAGAGGCCCAGCAGAGCCUGCAUUGAUCACAGCCUUAACCUUCGAGGAAUACCUCAAUACCUCAGACAAGGCCCUUCCAAUAUGUUUACGUUUUCAAAGAAACAAGUAUACGAGAAGGAGAGCGAGCGAGCGAGCGUGAGAGACUUGAAACUGCUGUCCUUUUAAAAAAAAAACAAAAAAAAAACAGAUCAAUGUUUACAUUGCACAAAGCUGCUUCUGUCUGUGAGUUUCCAUGGUGUUGAUGUUCCACUGCCACAUUAGAGUCCCCGCUUCUGACGGGUUGUCCUGGGUGCGCCUCGAAGUGCCGGGUCAGUCACCCUCUGCCCCUCCUGCCCGACUGACUUCCUCUUGUAGACCUGCAGCUGUGUUCACCAUAACAUCUCUUGUCUGUAGUGUGUGAUGAUGAAAUUGUCACUUGUGAAUAGAAUCAGGAUUAUAAACUCAUUUUUUAAUUGAAGAAAAAAAAAGUAUAUCCUUAAAAUAAUGUAUUUAUGGCUCAGAUGUACUGUGCCUGGGAUUAUUGUAUUGCUUCCUUGAUUUUUAACUAUGCACUGUCAUUGAGGUGUUUGCCAUUGAGCUGCUCUGCUCCCCUGGCCAGAUUGCCCUGGGUGCUGGGUAACCGAUAGGCUGAUCCCCAGGAAUCAUGGGGAUCAUGGCCUGCAGCCAUGACUAGGAGCCAUGGAGAAAGAUUCUCCAUAUUUUCUACCAAGCCUUGCCCUGUUUUGAGCAAUUUGAGUCAAAUUACAAUGACAGCCCUUGUCUAGUGUCCAGCUCACACUUGAAGAGUGCCUGCCUGUGAGUGCUCAGACCCUUGUGCCUUGAGAGGAAGGCAGGAUGAGCACGUUGUCCUUGUUUCCAAGAGAGGCAGGCAGUGUGCUGUKAGGCACAAUGACUUGCCCGAGGUCCUACAGACAGAGAGAAGGCAGAGCAAUGACCCACACCAGCCUUCUGAUUCUCAGUCCCAGGCUGCUGCGGUAGAUGGGUAAAGACACAAAGCUCAGGCACUGGUAGAGGUGAGUUCAGCUCAACAGGGCAACAGCCCAGAGAGGCCUAAGGACUCCUUUGGGGUCAGCUCAACAUCCCCAGCCCUGGGUGAACUCCAGCUCCAGUACGUUCUUGGGAAUGCCAUUGGCUCUGAUCCUGAGCAGGCCUGGGGCUUACCUCAGCCUAUGGACAUAUCAUCAGGGCUUUGAGACAUACCUGGUGGUGGGAUAAACAGAUAGGCUAGGAGCAGUUAUCCUUUGGGGGUCAGAUGCCAGCCCAUCCUCCUGCCUUUGCCUUUCUUCAUCUGUAACAUUGUUUGGUGGGGUGGGGCAUGGGAGCAGGAAGAGGCCCCAAGGACUGCGGAUCAACAAGCAUGCUCCAAGCUUCCUUCAAACUUUGUGUUCUUGAGUGAUGUCAAAGCCAUGUCCAGCUUGAUGUUCUAAGGGUGCCUUGGGGCCAUUCAGGAGGGAGACUGUGACUAGGCAGAGUAUGAGCUCUCUGCUCCUGCUUCAUACAGUGACUCCUCCUGAUCUCUUUCAUGCAUCAGGAUUCUUUGGGACAUUUUUGAAUCUGGAAGGGGAAAAAAAAGGUCCUGCCACUUUAAAAAAGUUUGAAAGUGAUUCAUAAAACUAAACUAGCCAAAUUAAUCUGUUGCUAAUGCCAGGCUUAGUCUUUGGAGAUUGGUAGUUGAUUUAAAAAAAAUACCUCAGUAGGUAAACUGAGCCUACUCUCUUGUUCUGGGUUGUUAACUUGCUCUCUGACCCCAGAUAAGGCUGGAGGAGAUGGGCUUUUGCAGACAUAGGGAAUUUGAACUCAUGUGCAUCAAGUCAUUUGGCCUCUUUGAACCACAGUCUCCUUCUCCGUAAAAUACAUUGAGAGGGAGAAUUAGGCAGUUCUAACAGUCUUAACUUCUGCUAAGGCAAUGUCUAGCUCAAGAUGGCAAAUACCCGGCACAUGUACAACUAUUCCCACAUCCUUGGCCAAUGCAAACAUAACCAAUCGAUCAUAGAACUCCGAUUCUUUGAACCUUAGAUGUGCUAUUAGUCCACAACACAGUGCUCUGGGCAGUCAUUACAAAUUGAUCAGCGUUUAAUCUAUUUGACAUCCUGGUCUAAUCUUUGGAGAUUUUCAUCAAUCAUACAGAGCCAUAUGUUGACUAGGGUUUAUGCUUGCCCAUACCUGUCUGUCAUGCCCUCAAUCUAUGAAAGAAAACUUUCCUAAAGCCAUUCCUCAGCAACAGGAUCUCAAUUCUACUGUGACACACAGGGAAGGUAGGGAGUGCAAGCAGACAGGAACAUAUUUGGAAAAGGCGAGACUUAUACGGAUUGACCAAAAAAGGGACUUUCCACAGAUCAUUCUAAAUUCCUUCAUAGCCAUCACACAUGGAAAGCACAUAAUCAAUGGUUAUGGAAUGAAACAGAAUUAAAAUCCUGCUGCUGCUUCCACUAAGACCUAAUUGGCAUGCAUCAAGGAGGAAACUUGAGAUUUCACCCUGUGGAUGGGAAAGACACUAGAUUCACAUCUAGAGAACUGGCUGAGUCCCGACACCACCAAGAAUUUCCUUGGUAACUUUGCUCAGCCUCUUUCCUCUCUAGGCCACAGAGUUCGGGAAAAGUAGUCUAGAUGAUCUCAAAGCCCCAUGUCUGCUUUUUCCUCCAUUGCACUAGGCCAGAGGUUUUACUUUGGUUCCUGAGCUUCAAGAAAUGCAUUUUUUUUUUUAAGCAAAAGAUGAGUCUCUCCCCUGCUUCAGGGUCAGCUGAAGCUUCCCCUUUACACCAGUUCAGUAUAGGGCACUUAAAGUCACUUAGACAACAUCCUUGAGCAGAACAGGGACCUAAGUGUGGCUGGCAUUGGGCCCUAAGGUGCCUAGGGUCAGGGCUGGGGGCUGCUGAUAGAGAAGAUGCCUGCCAAGGGCAUCCAGUAGUCUCUGUCAUCCCACAGAACAAAGGCAACAAGGCCUAACAUUGAUCAGCCCUGCAGACAACCUCUAUCUGGAAGACCCAUUCGGUGCUGUGUAUUAUUUACCAAGGAGACUCCAAGGUUUCUCCAGGACGAGGCAACCUUGGUCUUUUUCCCACCAAAUUAAGGAGUAACCCAGAGGGAGCAGCUGCCAUUGGCAACCAUCUCAUUGUAGCUCUGUCCUAGUGUUUGCUCUCAAUGAUGUUUACAUGUAAUUUGCCAUAACAGCUUCCUGUAGACUGUGUCGACAGCCGCCCUGGCAGGGCAAGCUGUACUGUCCGUCUCUGUGCCGUGCUGGUGUUUUCCAGAACUGUCUGAUCCAACCACUAAGUGGAAUUCUUCCAUCUCCUUCCUCAGUCGGUACAAGGCUGAAUCAGAAUCCUCACUCUAGGGGGCUCUGGUUACCGAAGGAAAAUGCAUCAAAGAGGUAAAGGAUAUGAGUGGAUGGCGAGCAGCUCAGGCCCCCACUCCCUCCCCAUCACGUCCUGCCCCACCCCAACCAGAGAACUGCUCUGAGCCAGAUAGCACCUAUCUGGUAUCUACAUCUGCCUGGAGAUCUGGUAGCAUGGAGUAUGGAGCCUCAGGAAAGCAGCAGGGUUCUGAGAGUGAAAUGUGGGAAGAAAGAAUGCUCUGAGCCUCAAGGACUGAGUCCCCAAGUCCUGAUGUCUUUCAUGGCCCAAAGCCUUGCUGGUCAGAUUUUCAAGAGUGACUUUUCCUAGACAUGCAGUAUACCAGUUGAGGCCCCUGUGUGGGAGGUGAGUGGAGAGGAAGGGCAGGCAUUGAAGCCCAUCCUUCUGCAUGGACAGCUCCAGCCAUGAUCCAUCCUAGGCCUUGAGUUCAGCUGAAUUGUCAGCUGAACCUGUAUCUUGAGAGUUGGGUCAUCCCAAACAGGAAGGAGAAUCAACCUAGAGAUGUAUCCAUCUGACUUACUCAUGUCAAAAUUUCAGUAUUUUUCUUAACAUUUGAGAUUUAGCAACUGUUCUUAGUUUGCCGGGAUCCCAUAUUCCAGUGUCAGAUAUGACCAAGGAAAGAAAUCAGAUGUAGAAUAGCAAAGUAAAGUGAAACUAUUUCAUUGGCCAAAGGAGGACCCUCUCACCUCUUCCCAAUGGGGCAGAAGGAAACCAACCAGUAUCUAUGUGCAAUAUGUUAAAGCUGGUCCCAAAGUUCCUGUGGUGUUUGCACACGGAGAUGGGCUCCAGGACUGUUUGCAGAGUCCGGAGGUACAGGGUAAAUGGAGGGAGAGCCUGUGAGCUGGAAAAGUCAACAUGCACAGGGGCGCCCUUGACCCAGAACAAACAUGGGGUAAAGGGGAGCCCUGGGUGCCAGCUGCAGGACACCCAGGAAGUAGGCAGAAGAUGACUUUGCAUUCAUCAAUAAAAGCACUUUGAGAAAACUCCAACACUUCAGCCUGGCUCCAUGUUUCUGCACUGGCAAAUAUAGGUCUCCUGUGACCAUGUGAGGUGCUGUCCUAGGCAUUGGGACAGGGUGGCAGGUGUGAGGGAGGAAAGCAGAGGGGCCUUCCAAGAUGGCAGCCCCAGCAGGGAGCCAGUAGGAGGAGCCGCCCUCUGCUAGCCUUUGUUGGAAGCCCUAGAAACAGGGAAUGAUGGGUUUAGGUCUUGGUACCUAAUUUUGUAGAAAGAUUAAAAAUUGCCCCGUUGAUUAAAAUGGGUUCAUGGAGCAAAUCAUUUAUCUAUAAGCCAUCUGAGAAUAAGAAACCCCAAGGUGUGGCCUUAGGUCCCUGCUUCUUCAUCCAGCAAAUGAGACUGUUGAAUGAUAUGUGCAUUCCCAUCCUGGAGCAUGAGGAGUUCAUCACUCCCUGUGAAACCAAUUCCAUUCUCUGGCCGAGCCCAGUUCCGGUCCAGGGUAAGGGCUUUCUGCACGGUCGCCAGCCCGCAGCAGGCCCCACAUGGUMCUGGCCGAGUGGCCUUAUGUGAGGAGGCCAGCUCCCCAGGACAGAUCUAAGCCAUAGUUUCUAGUGGGGACAGUGAGGAACUUUUAGUUCUCCCCAGCGUGGUUAGGUGGUGAUGUCAAAUCUCACAUUAACCCUGUCAUUGUCCCCUUCGAAUAGCUUUUAAUCUGAAUGUUUGUUGUGACCACUGGCUGUUUCUCUCUUCUCAGACAAUACUAGCAAUACACUAUUCCCCCCACCCCCAACAGCUUAACUUAGGCACUUUUCACACAUUUCUUUCAAAUGAUUGUAAAACAUAUGGGGCAACAGGAGGCACCGAUCACACUGCAUAUGUUUAGGGCAGCUUUUGUUUUUUUGUUUCUAAUGGUAUAGCAGCAGUGACUGAGGCUUCAGGAUUGAGGGGGACAGCUUUUCGCAGAUUUUUUUCAUAAGAAUGGCUUGUUACAUCCAGGAGUACAGAAAUCUAACUAUCCAAAUUGGGGGCCUGUAAAAUAUGGUUUGGUCAGUGGUCAGUGCCUAGGCUGUGCCACAGUUCCUCAAAGAGGUGUUCAUAUAGCUAGAACCCCCUCCGUGCUGUGAUUUUUUUUAUUUUUUAAUCAAAGGUUUCCCAAGAGCCUUCUUUUUCGCUUUGCCAAUCCUGUUCAGUGGGUACUUGUGAAGGGAAUUGGUCAGCUUCCACCUCAGCACUUUGCCUUAUCAACACGCGUUCGCCAUCUAGUGGCCAAGACCGUAUCCAUCAGCACUACUGAGAGAGAAGAUGAAUAAAUCCCUUGAGCUGGCUAUACUGAGGUUCCAGCUCCAACUGUGGGAAUUAAAUAUAAUGGCAUGAGUGAACUGUUUGUGUGCUCAGAGCCCACUGUGACACCAGGGUCAGAAGAUUCUAGAAGCAGCCACUUAGACUCAUGCAAUCUGAGAAAUGCAUUAGGUAUCCUGUAAGUAGAGAAGAUAAGAGUGAACCUACAUCCAGGUGCCAGGGAGGGGUUUACUGUAACUGCAAUACUGGCAGCCCAGCUGCUGACCUUGUUAAGUGAACCUCUGCUAGUGGCCCACAUUACACCUUCAGGUCAAGCAAAGAGGAUUGGUGGGAUUUGGGGGGCGCGCUGGCCAUGACCUUGAUGUGGUCCACCAAAUAGCCAAACAGGUUUUUUUGUUUGUUUUUGUAUCUUGUAUUUAAAACUCUUGUCCAAUGUAUUUAUGUUAGGAAUACAAAGUCAUAAACUAUUCCCAACUUUGUUUCUUGAGGGAUAUUCUGAUUCCGAUUGAAACUAGUUGGAAAUCCCAAGGGGAGUGUGGUCAGUGGUAGGUGGCACAGGGCAAUGGACCACUGGAUUUCCAGAUGGUUUUGGGGGAAGGUGACCAUCCGCAAGUCCAGCUCAGUGCAAUCUGCUCCAGAAAUUCACGCCCACCCCGUCACCUCCUUGUGCCAUGUUGUUAACUUUGGCUUAGCAAGUCUGCUUCUUCCAGAGGCAGCUGCUAAUGUUGAAACCAACACAAGCUCCCUCUCCCCACCCCCAGGCGUCUAGAGACGGUGUCUGUAGCUAGCCUUAAUCGAUGGGGCAAGGUGGUCCCUAUGGUCCCUUCCAGCAUUUCCAAAUCUUGGACUCAAAAUCCUUUUCUCUUGGUGUGACCAUGCAGCCUAGAGAAUUCUGAGCAAUAGGGAGCCAGGGCCUUCCCUGGCUCUGUGACAGGGUCAAACCAGGGAGUGGCUAAACUUGUGAGGUUUUGUCAUCCCCAGGGGUACUACUGUAGGGAGCAUUAUUUAUUAGGAAGCUCAACAAAGGUAACUACAGCCUGGGGUGUGUGAGUGUAAGGCUGUGUUUGUGAAGUGUGUGUGUGUAUGUGUGUGUGUGUGUGUGUGUGUGCGCACGCAUGUGCACUUGCGUAUGCACGUGGACACACAUCUGUGCCUGUGUGUGUGUGUAGUGUGUGAGUGGAAACUACAUUGAUGCAUUUCUUGAGAAAGGUGCAAGAAUUUCACCUACACAGAGGGACACAUCUGCUUUGUUAUUUAUAAUAGAAAGCUAAACUUUAAUUUUUUAAAGGACACUGCUAAUGAUUGAGAAUCGAGUUUUUAGUUUUGCUAUUUUUUUUAAUUGGUAGAGGAUUUUUAUAUAUUUUUUCCAUUUUGUUGGGUUGUGUCCUUAUUUAUAUAAAUACUUUAUCUGUAAGAGGCAAGGAAGAAAACUUCUUUGCUUUUAAUUCCUGUGGUUGUCAUCGUCCCUAUUUUAUUUCUGGUGUGAUUUAUCUGUCUUACCUUCUAAAUGAGAAAAUGUUUUCCUGUAUUUGUACAUUGUCAGAUUCUAUAGUUUCAUAGAUAAUUUAACCAAAUGGCUCUAUGUAUUAUUAUUCUGUGAGUAUAAAGUUCUAUUUUAACGUCUGUAAAUACUUCARAACUGGCUUCUUUUCUCAAGCUCCCACGGUGGAGUUAUUGUUUACAUCACAAAAACURUAGAAUCUCUAUGCUCAUGUACUGUAAAUAGUGAAGUGAUCUGCUUAUAAAUAAACUUAACAAAUACACUAUGGAGAUUAAAAAGACAAUACCACCCACA